GUUUCGUUCGAGUCGGUUGAUUUUUAAACGAAACGAAGCGAAGAAGAAAUGAGAACAAACGGAUUACCUACAACAAAAUUGAGAUGCAAGAGUUGGGCAAACUUCGCGCAAACUUUGAAAAGAAUUUCGCGCGCUUAUUGCAAAAACACCGGGCUGCACGGAUUUCAAUAUAUCGUCAGAGGCGAGACUACCUUUGAGAGAAUCAUUUGGUUGAUGGUCUGCACAUCGUCAGUUUUCUUUUGCGUGACGCUAAUGUUGCGCCUAUGGCAAUAUUAUUCGGACAAUCCAAUAGUGACCACAAUUGACACGACGAAUCCUGUAAGCGAAUUGCAUUUCCCUGGAGUCACUAUAUGCAACAACAAUAAAGUGUUUAAACCUCACGCUGAUAACAUUGCUAAAGAAUUGCUGAUGAAGGGAUUCGAUAAUAGCAUGAGCAACAAGCUGUUCUCCUCCCUAAUGAAACUGAUACGGCCAGAUAGAAUGAAGAUCGAUAAUGGAACGGCAACGCGGGCUCUCGACAUACUCGGUUACACCGUCGAGAAACUUAUGUUUGAGUUGAUGCAACCUUGUAACUUACUCUUAGCAAGGUGCUCCUGGUUGGGCCAACUUUACGACUGCAGUAAAAUCUUCAAAACUGUAAAAUCGAACGAGGGAUUCUGUUGUGGAUUCAAUUAUCAUUUCGAUUUAUUCAACGAUUACAACAAAGAAUAUCCUUGGCUAAUUAAAGUAACGAACAAUUCACUGGAUCUGAAUUCUUCUGAACCAUUACCAGGCGUCGAAACGAUUCUGCAAGUGCCCGGAACCGGUCAUGACAUUGGCCUGGCGGUCGCGUUGAACGUUGACGUUAAAAAUUACAAAAGUUCUGUAAGACAAUUCGUGGGAGCGACGGUGUUGAUCCACGAUCCGUUAGAUUAUCCGGAUAUCGGGGCGCAAUCCGCCACUUUGCAACCGGGCCACGUAAUGUCGGUGACACUCGGCGGCACAAAAAUAAAGAGCUCGGAAAAUAUCCGGAGCAUACCAUUGCGGAAAAGGAUGUGUCUGUUCGACGACGAGACACCGGGAGAACGGAAGUACAGCUAUCGAACUUGCAUUUCAGAAUGUACGCAUCGAAAACUGUAUGGUUCUUGCGGGUGCUUGCCUUUCUUCUACCCAAAGGACCAUCCAAGCGAUCGCACUUGUUACUUGACUGACAUGGAUUGCAUUUUAACUCGUAUGAGGAGUUUAUCGAGGGAAGAAUUACGUGACUGUAAAUGCCUUCCGCAAUGUAACGACAAGAGCUACGAAAUGGUCUCUGAAUCGGUGGCAUUGAGCAACGUGGAAUUCGAGUCCGAACUAACACGUGGUUUAGAUGUGAAGCAGAUGUCAUUUCUGUACAUAUACUUCCGCGACGGAACGUUUCUCGAAUACCGCAAACGGACUAUCUUGGGAUGGGACAACCUCCUCGCCGCCUUCGGAGGUAUCUUCGGUCUCUGUCUCGGUGGCUCGGUGAUCAGCUUAGUCGAAUUUCUAUAUUACCUCGUAAAAGACUUCAUUUCCGUCCGUAAAGUGAAAAGAGAACAACGGAAUUUGCCAGCUGCCUCGAAAUUGUUCAUUUCCGUUCCCGCGAACAUGGACUUGGACAAAUACAGUAAAUCUAAUUUAUAUGGACGCACCCUGUUGGAAUGGGACCAUCCCCAGCCAGGUCGAAAAUGUCCUGAUUUGAAGCUUAACAUGUAUUAUGAAUAAUUAAAUUAAUGAUAAAAUAGUUCUUAAUCGGUUUAAUAACAUUAUUUUUCAUUACACUUGAUUGAUUGUCUUCUUAUAAAUACGUAAUCAAACGAUUGCACUGGAGAUAAAGAAAUUUGUUAGGAUGAUUAAUAACAGGUGGUACAAACGAAAGGGAAUAAUUCUGUAUUGAAAGAAACCGGACUUGUAUUAGA